CAGUGCGCGCGCUGAGCCAGCAGCUGGAGCGGCCGAGGGGAGCGGCCCGGCGGCCGGCGGGCUCUGUCCGUCAUGGAGGCCGUGCCCCGCAUGCCCAUGAUCUGGCUGGACCUGAAGGAGGCCGGCGACUUCCUCUUCCAGGCGGCUGUGAAGAAGUUUGUCCUGAAGAAUUAUGGAGAGAACCCCGACGCCUACAGUGAGGAGCUGAAGAAGCUGGAGCUGCUCCGACAGAACGCCGUCCGGGUCCCUCGGGACUUUGAGGGCUGCAGCGUCCUCCGCAAGUACCUCGGCCAACUCCACUACCUGCAGAGCCGGGUCCCCAUGGGUUCAGGCCAGGAGGCUGCUGUUCCUGUCACCUGGACCGAGAUCUUCUCGGGCAAGUCUGUGGCGCACGAGGACAUCCAGUACGAGCAGGCCUGCAUCCUCUACAACCUGGGUGCACUGCACUCCAUGCUGGGAGCCAUGGACAAGCGGGUGUCUGAAGAGGGCAUGAAGGUCUCCUGUACGCACUUCCAGUGUGCAGCAGGCGCCUUUGCCUACCUGCGGGAGCACUUCCCUCACGCCUACAGCGUCGACAUGAGCCGCCAGAUCCUCACUCUCAAUGUCAACCUCAUGCUGGGCCAGGCUCAGGAGUGCCUUCUGGAGAAGUCGAUGUUGGACAACAGGAAGAGCUUCCUGGUGGCCCGCAUCAGCGCCCAGGUGGUGGAUUACUACAAGGAGGCCUGCCGGGCCUUGGAGAACCCUGACACCGCCUCACUGCUGGGCCGGAUCCAGAAGGACUGGAAGAAGCUGGUGCAGAUGAAGAUCUACUACUUUGCGGCUGUGGCUCAUCUGCACAUGGGGAAGCAGGCUGAGGAGCAGCAGAAGUUCGGGGAGCAGGUCGCGUACUUCCAGAGUGCCCUGGACAAGCUCAGUGAAGCCAUCAAGUUGGCCAAGGGCCAGCCUGACACUGUGCAAGACGCACUUCGCUUUGCUAUGGACGUCAUUGGAGGAAAGUACAAUUCUGCCAAGAAGGACAAUGACUUCAUCUACCACGAGGCUGUCCCGGCCCUGGACACCCUUCAGCCUGUGAAAGGUGCCCCCUUGGUGAAGCCCUUGCCAGUGAACCCCACAGACCCAGCUGUCACAGGCCCUGACAUCUUCGCCAAGCUGGUCCCCAUGGCUGCCCAUGAAGCCUCGUCCCUGUACAGUGAGGAGAAGGCCAAGCUGCUUCGAGAGAUAAUGGCCAAGAUUGAGGACAAGAAUGAGGUGCUGGACCAGUUCAUGGAUUCAAUGCAGCUGGAUCCCGAGACAGUGGACAACCUGGACACGUACAACCACAUCCCGCCCCAGCUCAUGGAGAAGUGUGCAGCUCUCAGCGUCCGGCCCGACACUGUCCGGAACCUCGUCCAGUCCAUGCAAGUGCUGUCAGGUGUGUUCACGGACGUGGAGGCCUCACUGAAGGACAUCAGGGACCUGCUGGAGGAGGAUGAGCUGCUAGACCAGAAGUUGCAGGAGGCAGUGGGCCAGGCAGGGGCCAGUGUGGCCGGUUCCAAGGCGGAGCUGGCAGAGGUGAGGCGAGAAUGGGCCAAGUAUAUGGAGGUCCACGAAAAGGCCUCCUUCACCAACAGUGAGCUGCACCGCGCCAUGAACUUGCACGUUGGCAACCUCCGCCUGCUCAGUGGGCCUCUGGACCAGGUCCGGGCUGCCCUGCCCACACCAGCCCUCACCCCAGAGGACCAGGCCGUGCUGCAGAACCUGAAGCGCAUCCUGGCCAAGGUGCAGGAGAUGCGGGACCAGCGCGUGUCUCUGGAGCAGCAGCUGCGGGAGCUCAUCCAGAAGGACGACAUCACCGCCUCGCUGGUCACCACGGACCGCUCCGAGAUGAAGAAGCUGUUCGAGGAGCAGCUGAAGAAGUACGACCAGCUGAGGGUGUACCUGGAGCAGAACCUGGCCGCCCAGGACAACGUCCUCCGCGCGCUGACCGAGGCCAACGUGCAGUAUGCGGCCGUGCGCCGGGCGCUCAGCGAGCUGGACCAGAAGUGGAACUCCACGCUGCAGACCCUGGUGGCCUCCUACGAAGCCUAUGAGGACCUGAUGAAGAAGUCCCAGGAGGGCAAGGACUUCUAUGCGGACCUCGAGAGCAAGGUGGCCGCUCUGCUGGAGCGGGCCCAGUCCACCUGCCAGGCCCGCGAGGCUGCCCGCCAGCAGCUCCUGGACAGGGAGCUGAAGAAGAAGCCACCCCCACGGCCCACAGCCCCCAAGCCACUGCUGCCCCGCAGGGAGGAGGGUGAGGCCGGGGAGAUGGGAGACCCGCCCGAGGAGCUGCGCAGCCUGCCCGACGCCUUCCUGGGAGCUGCCGCCACACUCCGCUUGGCUCCGGUCCCCUUCCCUGGCUCUGCGGGCCCGGGACCCCACUAUCUCUCAGGCCCCUUGCCCCCAGGCAGUUACUCAGGACCCACCCAGGUGAUGCAGCCCAGGGGCCCCCAGGCUCCGGGGCCCCCUGUGAUGGCCAUGGCGCCUGGACCCCCCAUCUACGCGGCGCCUGUCUACACACCAGAGCUGGGCCUCGUGCCCCGCUCCUCCCCUCAGCACGGCGUGGUGGGCACGCCCUAUGGGGCCAUAGGCCCACACCCCCCAGCCGCAGGCCUGCCCUCCGCCCCCCCGCCCCAGUUCUCGGGCCCUGAGUUGGCAAUGGGGGUCCGGCCAGCCACCACCACGGUAGAUAGUGUCCAGGCGCCCAUCUCCAGCCACACAGCACCCCGGCCAAGCCCUCCUGCUCCUCCCAAGCCCUGCUUCCCAGUACCCCCACCCCAGCCACUGUCCAUGCCCUACACCUAUCAUCUGGGAACUAAGCAGCCCCUCACAGCAACACCAGCCUAACACCACUAUCCUCAUAGGAUCUCUACGAGGUUUCCAGCCACAAGGAAAGGGGCUCAGCCCCAGCGUCAUCCCCCAUGGGCAGAAAUUGGGACCCAGCCCCCAAGAACACCUCCAAGAAUUUCCUCCAGCAGUCCCUUACACCUCCAAAAACCCAAACAUCUGCCGAACCAUGUUCCAGGGAGACUGAGUCACAUGACACGAUUUACUUGGCACCACAAGCCAUGUUUGGGAGAGACAGCCAUGCCUCUAUGUUACGGCCAUGACCAGGGCCCGCUUCUUACUGCAUGCCCAGGCAUGGGAGACUAACUUUUCUUGAGGCCUGGGCCCCCCUCAGCUCCCCAUUCACCUGGCUAUGGUCCUGCCCCUUCCCCGGCCCUGGGACGCAGGCAGCCCCUCUCUCCAUUCAAGGCGCCCUCACCUGCCAGCCAGGCCACCCCUAGUCCCCACCUGGUGCCUUCACCUGCCCCUUCACCAGGGCCUGGCCCAGUACCUCCUCGGCCCCCUGCGGCAGACCCGCCCCCAUGCCUGCGCCGGGGGACUGUGGCUGCAGACCUGCUCUCCUCCAGCCCUGAGAGCCAGCAUGGUGGCACCCAGCCUCCCGGGGGUGGGCAGCCCCUGCUGCAGCCGACUAAGGUGGACGCGGCCGAGGGCCGGCGGCCACAGGCCCUGCGGCUGAUUGAGCGGGACCCCUAUGAGCGUCCUGAGAGGCUGCAGCAGUUGCAGCAAGAGCUGGAGGCCUUUCGGGGCCAGCUGGGCGAUGCCGGGGCCCUGGAUGCCGUGUGGCGGGAGCUGCAGGACGCGCAGGAGCAUGACGCCCGUGGCCGCUCCAUCGCCAUCGCCCGCUGCUACUCGCUCAAGAACCGGCACCAGGACGUCAUGCCGUACGACAGCAACCGCGUGGUGCUGCGCUCGGGCAAGGACGACUACAUCAACGCCAGCCGCGUGGAGGGGCUCUCCCCGUACUGCCCGCCCCUGGUGGCCACCCAGGCCCCGCUGCCGGGCACAGCUGCCGACUUCUGGCUCAUGGUGCAUGAGCAGAAAGUGUCAGUCAUUGUCAUGCUGGUGUCUGAGGCGGAGAUGGAGAAGCAAAAGGUGGCUCGCUACUUCCCCACCGAGAGAGGCCAGCCCAUGGUGCACGGCGCCCUGAGCCUGGCGCUGAGCAGCGUCCGCACCACCGAGACCCACGUGGAACGGGUGCUGAGCCUGCAGUUCCGCGACCAGAGCCUCAAGCGCUCCCUCGUGCACCUCCACUUCCCCACCUGGCCCGAGCUAGGCCUGCCCGACAGCCCCAGCAACCUGCUGCGCUUCAUCCAGGAGGUGCACGCGCAUUACCUGCACCAGCGGCCCCUGCACACGCCCAUCGUCGUGCACUGCAGCUCCGGGGUGGGCCGCACGGGAGCCUUUGCGCUGCUCUACGCGGCCGUGCAGGAGGUGGAGGCGGGGAACGGGCUCCCGGAGCUGCCCCAGCUGGUGCGGCGCAUGCGGCAGCAGAGGAAGCACAUGCUGCAGGAGAAGCUGCACCUCCGGUUCUGCCAUGAGGCGGUGGUGAGACACGUGGAGCAGGUCCUGCAGCGCCAUGGCGUGCCCCCGCCCUGCAGGCCCUUGGCUGGCACAGGCGUCAGCCAGAAGAACCACCUCCCUCAGGACUCCCAGGACCUGGUCCUCGGGGGGGACGUGCCCAUCAGCUCCAUCCAGGCCACCAUCGCCAAGCUCAGCAUCCGGCCGCCCGGGGGCCUGGAUUCCCCCGUGGCCUGCCUUCCAGGCCCUGUGGAGCCCCCAGGCCUGCUGCCAGCCAGUCUCCCGCAGUCCACCCAGCUCCCCUCCUCCUCCCCACCACCCCUCUCUUCACCCCUGCCCGAGACACCCCAGCCCGAGGAGGAACAGCCCGUUCCUGAGGUCCCCAGCCUGGGGCCCCCCUCCUCCUCCCUGGAGCUGCUGGCCUCCCUCACCCCGGAGGCCUUCUCCCUGGACAGCUCCUUGCGGGGAAAGCAGCGGAUGAGCAAGCAGAACUUCCUGCACGCCCACAACGGGCAGGGGCUGCGGGCUGCCCCGCCCGCCGACGACCCCCUCAGCCUUCUGGAUCCACUCUGGACGCUCAACAAGACCUGAGCAGGCUUUGCCCCGCCUGGUCGUCACACUACAUCGUCUCGCCCGCCGCCCACCUGCCCGCGCCCAGCAGGGCCUCCCGAGGUGGCCGGGCUCUUCCUCCUGUACUUGCUGCCUUCAGUCCUUCUGGUCCAGCCCGCACCCCUAUGGGGUGCAGACGUGUCGCAGGCCUUAGGCCUUAGGCAGGUCCUGCUACUGUGGGACCUGAUGUUUUUCCAGCUCUUUGCUGCUGAAGUAAUAAACCAACCUGUCUGUGGCCA